AACUCACAGUCAAACAAGUGCCUUUAAGCUGUCAUAUUUCCCCUUUCUACCGUACAGAGCUCAGCCAUCGUCCAAAGAAUCAAAAGCAAAAUGUUGAUUCUGGCUCUGAUUGUGCAAACAAUGUUAAAGUUCCUCGUUAUUCUCACCGGAGCCCUUACCCUCUGGGCCUUCGUGGCAGCCUUAGCAGGGAAGGAGAACACGAUGGAGAUAAUUCGGCAGUGCAAUUGCCUUCUAAGACAACGCUCGCAUACGAACCUGUCCUGGGUUACUCGACGCAUCCUGAAAGCGUUAACAUCGAUCGAAGACACAAAAGGACAAUACGAAUACAUCCGUCUAUUCCUUGCGAGCCGCCACGAGCUGAAUGAGAUCUUACAGCGCGAGAUAUAUCUCCUCGAAGGGAGAGAAAGCCUACGAGAGAAGGCUAAGUCAAGCAUCCUUACUCGGAAGGAAGAGGGACUGCUGGAAAGAGUUGAGCAGGAGCUUGAUCGGGUGAUGCAACGUGUUUGGAUGAAUAGGCAAGCGAUGGUCAAAUUGCAGUCCAGGAGUCCUGGUGGUGUUUGGAUUGCAGAGUAUAACCAUAUUACUGACGACGAACGAUGGGAGCACGACAGAAGGGAUUGUAUACGGCGGUUGGGCUGUUGUUCUCAUAGUUGUGGGUGCUGCGAUACACCUCGUCGAGUUCCAGUACGAGGACAUAAUGGAAUAGAGCUGCUAAGAAAGACACAUUGUACAAUGGAAUGUGGGUGCUGUAUUCGUUGGAGAGGAUUUCGUCGCAUUGGUGAAGAGGAGAAAGACUUGAUUGAGGCCACUGAGGGAGGGUCUACGGCAGAGGCAUUGAGCCUUUUGGAUUAGAAAUUAGGAGGAACUGCCAUGGGUGUAGCUACAGGCAUAUGAUAUAAGAAUGUAAAUUGAAUUGC